AUGAACCCGGGAGACGCCGCGGCGCACGGAGCCCCGGGCCAGGACGGCCUGGCGCGAGCAGGGGAGAGGGGAGGGGAGGGGGUCAAGGCAGUAGAUGUGCUGACGGUGCUGAGGGAGAAAGUUGCCUUUGUUUCAGGUGGCAGGGACAAAAGAGGCGGACCUAUCCUUACAUUCCCUGCCAGGACCAAUCACGAUCGAGUUAAACAGGAAGACCUGAGCCGAUUGGUCACUUACCUGUCAACCGUACCCAGUGAGGAGGUGGGGGCGCGGGGCUUCACGGUGGUGGUGGACAUGCGGGGCUCCAAGUGGGAGAGCGUGAAGCCCCUCCUCCGCACGCUGCAGGAGUCCUUCUCCACCCGCAUCGCCUCCGCCCUCCUCAUCAAACCAGACAACUUCUGGCAGAAGCACAAGACCAACCUGGGCAGCGCCAAGCUCAGCUUCGAGACCAGCCUGGUGUCGGUGGAGGGUCUCUCCCGGCUCGUGGACCCCUCCCAGCUGACCUCUGACCUGGGCGGCUCUCUGGAGUACGACCACGUGGAGUGGACAGAGCUGCGCCUGGGCCUGGAGGAGUUCUCCGGGGCGGCGGGCCAGCUGCUGGCCCAGCUAGAGCAGCUGGACACGGGGCUGGCCCGCGUACCCGAGCCCCAGGAUGUAGAGGAGGCCCGCCGGCUUGUUGAGGAACACGGACGACUCCGUAGCACGGUUGCCACGGCACCCAUCGAUGCACUCGAACGGGAGGGCCGGAGCCUUCUCCAGCGCAUGCGCCUAGGCCCUACUCCCGGAGAGCCGGCCGGGGACGCCGGCGGUAACCAUGGCAGCUGGCUGUCCGGUGGGGCCGACUUCCAGAGCGUGGCCCCCAGGGUCUCCUCGCUGCUGGAGCGCCUGCAGGGGGCCCGGGCGCACUUCCUGCAGAGCUGGAGCGACCGCAAGCUGCACCUGGACCAGUCCCUGCAGCUGCACCUGUACCUGCAGGACGCUGCCAAGAUGUCGGAGUGGAUCGCCCACAGCAAGGAGCUGUUUGUCCAGAGCCUCCAGGACGUGGGCCUGAACCACCAGCACGCCCUCGACCUCCACGGCCAGCACCAGCACUUCACUGCCAACUGCAUGAACGGAAGCGGAAACGUAGACAGCGUGGUCACCGUGGCAACGAGGUUGGCGGAGGGCGGUCACUACGGCGCGGAGCGUAUCGGCGAGGUAUCGUCACGGUUACAGGAGGACUGGAAGGCCCUGACAACGGUGUUGGAGGAGCGGAGCCAAACUCUGGGCCUGGCCACCGCCUUCCACCAGGGGGCAGAGCAGUUUGUCCAGCAGAUCUCAGGGUGGUCGGAGUCAUGUGGGGACAGCUUGUUGCCGUUGGCGAUACCAGAGCUGCAGUCUUCCAUCCAGAAGCACCAGGAGCUCUAUGAGGUCAUGACCUCUGCCUACACCCAGGUCAGUGAGACUGGUAAAGCCCUAUUGGACGUCCUCCAGCGUUGCCCGGCAACCCCAGAGUGUGACGACGCCCAGCCUCAGGCUCCGCCCACUGCCACGCAUGGCAUCAUGGGAGUUCUGCACGACGUCAUGCAGGGUCACCAAGAGGUGGAGGGGGCGUGGCAGCACCGAAAGCUCCGCCUCCAUCAGCGUCUGCAACUCUGUGUGUUCCAACAAGAUGUCAGACAGGUGGAGGACUGGGUGGAGCAACAUGGGGAGGUGUUUCUUAAUAAACAUACCGGCGUUGGGAAGUCGCUCCACCGGGCCAGAGCUCUGCAGAGACGACAUGACGACUUCCAACAAGUAGCACAGAACACCUACACUAAUGCAGAGAAGCUCCUGGAGGCCGCCGGUCAGUUGGCCCGCUCUGGAGACUGUGAGGAGAGGGAGAUCUACCAGGCUGCCGGGGACCUGGAGACACGCAUGCAGGCCUUCAUCCAGCGUGUGGAGCAGAGGAAGCUGCUGCUGGACCUCGCAGUGUCCUUCUACACACACACCAAGGAGCUGUCGGCCUGGAUGGAGGGACUGCAGAAGCAGAUGUCUGCUGAGCUCAGCCUGUGUCCGGACACGGUGGACGCUCUGCAGAGCAUGAUCAACCAGCAGCAGCAGCAGCAGGCUAACACCCAGGAUGCGUUACUCAGUGUUAUCCGAGAGGGAGAGGACCUCAUCCUGCAGCUACGGCCCCAGGGCAGCUCGGUGGCCCACGUGGAGGUGGUGCUGCAGCAGCUGGAGGAGAACCAGGCCCAGCUGGAGGACGGGUUCCACCACAGGAAGCUCCGCCUGGACGUCUUCCUGCAGGUCCGCAUCCUGCAGCAGUGCAGCCUGGAGGUGACCGGGGAGAUGGACGCCUGGAUUCAGGAUCUCCAGAAACAGUCUCAGGACUUUUCUACUGAGAAGUUAGCGCAGAACCGGCUAGCCGAUGCUAACCAGGACCGGCUAACGUUAGCCCCGUCCCGGCUGGUGGAGGCUAGCCCAGAGGGGCUAACGUUAGCACAGCAGCGGAUCCACAGGCACAUGGAGCGACGGUUAGCCAUCAACAACAUGACCUUUGAGGUCACUCAACAAGGUCACGACCUUCAGCAGUACAUCACGGAGGUCAUCGCGUCAGGCGUGUCCUUUGGGGGGGACAGUGGGGGGGACCUCUCCUCCCAGGUGGACGAGGCUCUGGUCGUCCUGCAGGAGAAACAGAAGGACCUCCAGCUCAUCUCCGACCACACCCACACACACCUGGAGCAGAGCCUACAGCUCACUCACCUGCACACGCAGGUUAAACAGGUGUUGUCAUGGAUAGCUGAAGGUGAGGUGAUGCUGUCCUCCUGUAUGUUGAACUCGAGCUGUUUGGCUGAAGCUGAACAACUACAGAGAGAACAUGAGCACCUCCAGCAGGCCAUAGAGGGUCUCCUGCACGCUGACUCUACUGCCUUCUUCCGCACCUCCCAGCAGGUGUGCGGCGUGCUGGAGAGCCUGGAGCAGGAGUACCGGCGGGACGAGGACUGGUGUGGGGGCGGGGCCAGGGGGCGGGGCCAGAGCGACCUCAUCCCCCUCAUCAGCAAACACACGGACCAGAAAGAGGCCUUCCUGAAGGCCUGUACUCUGGCCAGGAGGAAUGCAGAGGUCUUCCUGAAGUAUAUUCACCGGAAUAGCGUCACCAUGGCAACCAUAUCUGGCCACAGCCUCACCGUUACCGGGGUAACGGGGGUCAGCGAGGUCACUGGACACUCUAGAGUCCCAGAGCAGCAGGUCAAAGGUAUUCUCAGUGAACUGCUCCAGAGGGAGAACAGAGUUCUUCACUUCUGGACGCUGAAGAAACGCCGUCUGGACCAGUGCCAGCAGUACCUGAUGUUCCAGAACCACACACAGCAGGCGCUGGAUUGGCUGCAACAGUCAGGUGACCACUACCUGGCCACCCACACGUCGCCGGGGGCAACCGUCACUCAGACUCAGGAACUGCUGGCCGAGCACCGACAGUUCUGCGUGUCAGCCAAGCGUAUCCAGGAGAAGGUCCACCUGUUGAUCCAGCUGGCUGAGAGCAUGCUGGCUAAAGGCCACGCCCACCGGGCGGAGCUCCGCCGCUGUGUGGCCGGAGUGGACAAGCGUUACCGUGACUUCAGCGGCCGGAUGGGGCAAUACCGCCACCUGUUGGACACGGCCCUGGGGGGCUGCAGCCAGGACAACAAGGACCUGGAGCUGGAUCUGAUCCCCAACAGUCUGUCGGACUCGGACCCCGAGGUGAACCUCAGCGACCCGGACCACCAGAUGAGUGACGAGAAGAGGAGGACGGCCCGCAAGAAAGAGUACAUCAUGGCUGAACUGUUGCAGACGGAGAGAGUUUACGUCAGAGAUCUACAGGAGUGCAUUGAGACCUACCUGUGGGAGAUGACCAGUGGCACCGAUGUUCCGCACGGACUUUCCAACAAAGACGACGUCGUGUUCGGAAACCUCCUGGACAUCCACGAGUUCCACAACAGUAUCUUUCUGAAAGAACUGGAGAACUAUGAACAGCUUCCUGAGGACGUUGGACAUUGCUUCGUCACCUGGGCUGAUAAGUUCCACAUGUACGUGACGUACUGCCGCAACAAGCCGGACUCCAGCCUGCUGGUCCAGCAGCACGGCUCAACCUUCUUUCAGGAGGUCCAGAGAAGGCAUGGUCUGGCUAACUCCAUCUCCUCCGCCCUGAUCAAACCGGUCCAGAGAAUCACCAAGUACCAGCUGCUACUCAAGGAGCUGCUGGCGUGCUGUGAGGAGGGCAAAGGAGAGAUCAAGGAGGGUCUGGACGUCAUGCUCAGCGUCCCCAAGAGAGCUAACGAUGCUAUGCAUGUUAGCAUGCUUGAAGGGCUGGAGGAGGGUGUGGAGGUGCAGGGGGAGCUACUCCUUCAGGACUCCUUCCAGGUCUGGGAACCAAAGUCUCUGAUCAGAAAGGGGCGGGACCGACACCUGUUCCUGUUUGAGCUGUCACUCAUCUUCAGCAAGGAGAUCAAAGACUCGUGCGGGAGAACGAAAUACAUUUACAAGAGCAGACUGAGGACCUCAGAGCUGGGGGUGACGGAGCACAUCGAGGGAGACCCCUGUAAGCUGGCCCUGUGGGUGGGCCGCACGCCCACCUCUGACAACAAGACGGUCCUGAAGGCGGCGUCCCUGGAGCUGAAGCAGGAGUGGGUCCGCAGCGUGCGUCAGGUGAUCCAGGAGAGGCGGGGCCACCUGAGGGGGGCUCUGAGGGAGCCCAUCCCCCUCCCCAAGACCCCGGGGCCCCCCCUCACCAGGCAGCGCAACCGCAGGGACACCAGUGAGGACGCUGACUCUCUGGGCGACGCCAGUAGCCAACCAGACAGCGUCUCGAUCGCCUCCAGAACCUCUCAGAACAGCGACAAGCUGUCUGGAGGCUGUGAGCUGGUGGUGGUGCUUCUGGACGUCUCUGCGGGCGGAGUCGGGGAGCUCAGCGUCCGUUGCGGUCAGACGGUGGAGCUGGUGGAGCGGAGCUCCGAGCGCCCCGGGUGGUGUCUGGCCCGGACCACCGACCCCUCGCCCCCACAGGAGGGCCUGGUGCCCCUCAGCGCCCUCUGUCUGUCUCACUCCCACAGUGCAGCCGACAUGGACGCCCUGCUGCCCCCCUCCUCCUCCACCGUGAGGGGAAGAGGUGCAUGCUGGGAUUGUUCUACUGUCUGGAUGCAUAGAGAUGGACUGGAGACAGAGGCUACCUCUCUCUCUAGCUCAGAAGGUUGUGCUGUGAUCCAGGCCGGACCUCCAGCUGCUGUGGUGAGUGGCGGCGCUGCACCAACAGGGGGCAGCACCGCCUCCCCGGGCCCCAAACGCAGCGGCAGCAGCAGCUCUGGGACAGGAAACACACUGAAGCGGUGGCUGACCAGUCCGGUGCGCAGGUUGAGUCAGGGUAAGGCUGAUGCCCAAAAGAAACCACCAAUCAGCUCGCGGAGGAGGGACCACAGACCAGAACUGACCACGCCCCUCACAGCAACCACCAACUCGAAGGGUCGGCGUGACGAUUCGGUCCAGAGUGGAGGAGAGGAGGAGCAGGAGGAGCAGGAGGAGGACCCUAGCACCGCCCUCCCGCCCCCCAUGGAGAUCAUCAAGGACCCAAACAAUCCUCAGGCUCUAGAAUCGGACCAGAGUUCCAACGAGUCAGACACUGAGCAGCGGAACAAGGCCAUGAGAGGACGCAUGUUUGUGGUCAGUGAGCUUGUCCAAUCAGAAAAGGACUAUGUGAAAGAUCUGGGUGUGAUCGUUGAGGGGUUUAUGUCCCGUCUCGAGGUUAGGGGAACCCCAGAGAGCAUGAGAGGGAAAGACAAGAUCGUGUUUGGAAACGUCCAUCAGAUCUACGACUGGCACCGAGAUUUCUUCCAGGUGGAGUUGGAACGUUGUCUCCAGGAUCAAGACCUGCUGGCCGAACUGUUCAUUAAACAUGAGCGUCGUCUUCACAUGUACGUGGUUUACUGCCAGAAUAAGCCACACUCUGAGUUCCUCGUUAUCCAAUACGAAAGCUUCUUUGAGGAGAUCCAACGGGAGAUCAGCUGCAGAAUGUCAAUCAGUGACUAUCUGAUCAAACCCGUCCAGAGAAUCACCAAAUACCAGCUGCUGCUCAAGGACUUCUUGAAGUACACGUCUAAAGCAGGACUGGAUUGUCAGGAGAUAGAGAAGGCGGUGGACUUGAUGUCUCUGGUCCCUAAGCGGUGCAACGACAUGAUGAACCUGGGCAGGCUUCAAGGAUACGAGGGGAAGCUGACCUCCCAGGGGAAGCUGUUAGAACAGGACACUUUCGGGGUUCUGGAACAAGACAGCGGCGUUCUGUCGCGCAGCAAAGAGCGGAGGAUCUUCCUCUUCGAACAUGUCGUCAUCUUCAGCGAGAUCCUCCAGAAGGGCUCGACGACACCUGGGUACCGGUACCAGAACAGCAUCAAGGUCAGCAUGCUGGCGCUGCAGGACUCCGUGGACCCCGACCAGGACCCCGACCGGCUCCAGUUCGUGUUGUGGUCUCGGGGGUCGGAGGAGCGCUUCACCCUGCAGGCCUCGGCCGCCUCCGUCAGGACCAGCUGGGUGGAGCACCUCAGCCAGCUGGUGGAGGCCCAGAGGGACUUCCUGUCAGCUCUCCAGUCCCCUAUAGAGUAUCAGAGGAAGGAGGGAGUGGUUCCUCGUCCUCUGUCGUCAGGGCGACCGCCCUCUGCACCCCCAACCCCCAAUGGCCACGCCCCCCAACCGGACCAGGACACGGACACCCACGAAGACCAAGACCUGGUGCUGGUGCUGCAGGACUUCAGCGCGGUGCGCGAGGAUGAGAUCACGGUUGUCCGUGGUGACCGUGUCCAGGUGCUGUCGUCCAAUCAGCAGGGCCAAAGUCUGGUGUUCCGUCCGGCCAACUCAGAGUCGCCCCCGGCUGAGGGCUGGGUGCCCCGCAGCGUCCUCAAGAUACACACCUAACACACACACACACCUAACACACACACACACACACACACACACACACUUUGGCCCAAUCCCAAAGUGAGCCCUGAGGACUCAGGACUCACGGACUUCAUUGACCUCAGGUGCUAAGUGAGCGAGUGUGUGAGGCCACAUGGGCUCAGAUAGGUAAUGUGGGAUUGGGCAGCACUCCACGAGAGCACAUGUUACCUUGGCAACGUUUAAUGACAAAGAUGUUGCUGACACUUGCCGGUUUGGGAAUUAUCAUUUUGACGUUUUGGCUACAGAAAUGUAUUGAUAUUAGAAAAUAUAAUUUUUACUUUUGAAUACCUCAGUAUAAAGGAUGUAUUGAUAAUUUAGGUGAUUAUUGGCCUACACAUACGGAACAUAAAUCAGAACGGGCUACAUUUGGCUGAAUUCUAAAAGCUAUAAGUAGUAAUAUGAAGAGCCGUUUGGGAGCAAAAAAGCCGGCUCUUGUUGGUGAGCUGAUCCAAAUGAUCCGGCUCACUAAAAUAAGGCCGAAGAUUCCCAUCUGGUCGCCCAUUGACAGUAGCGUCGUCUUGUUGUUGUUUACCUUCCUAUGUCCGGAUUUCCCUAUGGUCUCCGAGGUAAACGUCACAACGCUUUGAACUGUGGGUAAUUCCCUUAGGUGAAGUGUGCACUGAUGCGUACUCACGGAAAGGGCUCGCUAAGUGUGGACUCAAACCCUCGCGCUCUUUGGAAUCCGACAUUUGGACAGCCCUGAAGCCUUAAGAAUUUUGCGAGAACGCGCAAUAAAGUCUGUGAGUCCCUGAGUCCGGACAUUGGGAUUGGGCCUUGAUACAUUCAUACCCAAUAGGCACACACACAUACACUAUAUACACACAAACACACACACUCACACUGAACACACACACACACACAAUAUAAAUACACACUAACACUGGACUCAGCCUAUUGGUGCUCUCUGAGCUCCGCCUACUCUGUGAUUCCUCCAAUGGGACGGAUGGCAGCCCGGAACCUCAGUUUACAACUCAAGACUGUUUCUACUGGCCGGUGGGAGGUCAUGUGACAUUGAGAUAGAAGCUCCGCCCUCACACAACCCCACUGCCACCUCAGCCAAUCACAGAGCUCUGUGGUCUGGGGGCUCCAGUGACUCCGCCCCCACCAUAUUGUUGAUAUUAUAUAUACCCCCCAUCAUGAUGAUGAUGAUGAUGAAGAAUAGAUUCUCUUUUUUCACCUCAGAACAAAUCUGAGAUUAACUUGUCUUUAUGUGUGUGCGUGCGCGUGUGGGUGCGUGAGUGUACAUAUAUGAGUGUGUGUGUGUGUUUCUGUGUGUGUGUGUGUGUGCAUGUUUGGCUGGGUGCAUGUGUGUGUGUGUGUGUGUGCGUGUAUUUUGUUGUGUGUUUUCCACUGGUGUUCUGGUGUAGUGUUGCUAUGACGACUAUAAUAGUGUUGAAAUGAAGCUGAGCAGAACGAUACACCCCACAACAGCAUCAUCAGUUGCCUAGCAACGCCCCCUCGGACCUGGCACACCGAUCCAACAUGGCUGCCACCAUCAGGAUGAACCGCACUAAUCUCUCUCUCUCCCCAUCCUGUCUCUCUCUCUCUCUCUCUCUCUCUCUCUCUCUCUCUCUCUCUCUCUCUCUCUCUCUCUCUCGUUCUCUGUCCUUGUUGCCCAUUGGACUGUAGCUGGGCCAAUCAGAAGAGUUUGUACAGAACUGUUCUGCUCUGGUUUCUAAU